UCUCCCUGUAAACGAGUAACGCGCGCUGAGAGCGUUAACAAACUAUAGUUAAGAGCCGUUUAAGAUGAAGCUGCUGGAGCGAAUAGCGCGUGCGCAAGGACUACCGCAGAAUGGUUUAGGACACGAGAUGGCGAUGACUUGUCCGAGAGGGUGACCCUGCGUGCCUGUGGACGUAGGUCGCUGCAAUCAUACGAGCGUUCGAUCGCCGACGUAGAGAAGCGGAGACCAGAGAAGAAUGGACUUUCCAGGGGAAGCCGCCCACUUCAGCUCACCGAGGGUUGUCAUCUCUGUGGUGCUCAAAUGGAUUUCGCUGGCCUCGCUGCUGCUCGGCUGGCCAGAACUCCACCAGUGGACUCUGACCUGCACAAGGGUCAAGUGUUACACGUUACUGGACAUCACGUACUUGACGCUCCUCUGCCUGUGCACGGUGACUGCCCUCACGAGGAGUGGUCAAGUGGCCGUCGUCGACGAUGGAACGGCGCGUUCCGCUGUGCACUCGACGCACGAUGUCCUGUCGGGCAUAGCGGCCGCUGCUGCCAUGCGUUUUGAAUCCAUGGCGAACAGAGCUCCAAUUGAGCCACCAACAACCACGUGCUGA